CACCCCUCACACACACACACACAAAGCAGCGAUGCCGACGAUGAUCGAGAAAGGCCCCGAGGUCUCGGGCAAGAGGAGAGGAGGCAGGAACGGGGCUAAAAGUUUUGCCGCCGGGGGGACGGCGGCCACGAACGGCAACAACUCGUGGGAAGAAGUGAGCAGCGGCUCCGAUGACGAGCACGGUGGUGGAAUGCGAGUGGGCUCCCAAUUUCAGGCGGUGGUUCCUGAAUAUGAUCCUGAAGUUGCAAAACAUUCUCAAGAAAGGGAGAACCUUGGAAUGCUGGUCUGGUCGCCAAAUCAAAAUGUCUCCGAGUCUAAACUGGAUGAAUACAUCGCAAUAGCUAAAGAAAAGCAUGGUUACAACAUGGAACAGGCCUUGGGUAUGCUCUUCUGGCACAAACACAAUAUUGAGAAGUCCUUGGCUGACCUUCCAAAUUUCACACCAUUCCCAGAUGAGUGGACAGUGGAAGACCGUGUCCUCUUUGAGCAAGCGUUCAGCUUCCACGGAAAGACCUUCCACAGAAUCCAGCAAAUGUUGCCUGACAAAUCCAUAGCUAGCUUGGUAAAGUUCUAUUACUCGUGGAAGAAGACAAGGACCAAAACUAGUGUGAUGGAUCGUCAUGCUCGCAAACAGAUGAAAAGGGAUAAGGAAGAAAGCGGUGAUGAGAUUGAAGAGCCUCCUACUAAUACCAGUACAACUACAAAUGCAAACAAUGUCAUUGACAGUGAAGUUGAUCCAAGCAAAGAGGCAAAGAAGGAGCAAGCAUCCCAAACUGUUAAAAGUGUCCCGCCAAAGAAAGAGACACGAACCAUACAAGGGAAACAGCAGAGAAUAAGUCAGAAACCUCCGCGAGGGAUGUUCCUGGCUCAGGAGGAUCUGGAUUCAUUGUCCAGCAGUUCAAAUGCCGCUACUACAGUCCUCAGGCAGCUUGAUAUGGAGUUGGUCUCGCUUAAACGUCAAAUCCAAAAUGUGAAACAGAUAAAUGGUGCUCUCAAACAAAAAUUAGAUGGAGGAAUAGAGGAAUUCAGGCCAUCUGAGACAACUCAGAAAAUUAAUCCUCGUUGGACAACUGAAGAGCAGUUACUAGCUGUGCAGGCAAUAAGAAAAUAUGGCCGGGACUUUCAAGCUAUUUCAGAUGUGAUCGGCAAUAAAACAGUCGUGCAGGUGAAAAACUUCUUCGUAAAUUACCGUCGUCGUUUCAACCUUGAGGAAGUUUUACAGGAAUGGGAAGCAGAACAUGGAGAAGCAAAUGGGAGCAUCAGUGACAAGCCCCAAAACUCCCCAGAUAUUGCUACUAAACUCUCCGAAGAGGAAGAGAGUCCUGUGCUUGAUGUAAGAUACCAUUCAGGCUCUUGAGAACGGUGAAUAGUAAGUGAUCUGAACAUCCUGUGUUGACUACUGUUUAGUCCAGGUCAUCCAAUGAUGCCAAACUUCAACCAACCACCUCCACAAAUUCAACAGGACCAGCGUCUAGCUUAACACCAAAAAAGGCCACAAUAUUCACAACAGAGACUUCUGCCUUACCCUGCGUCAGUCACCAGAGGAGCUUCCACUUUUCACGGAGGCCAUAGAGAAAUCUUUGUUUCCACAUCCUUCUGAAAGUUUGGGGAAUUCAUAAACAGGCUUGUGACAGUCUAUAUUCUUUCACAUAAACCAAUCCAUGACCUAAUGUCCACAGGGCAUUGAUCACUUGUAUAUUUUUGGAACUGUGGCUCCCAUCAGAUUCAUGUUUAUUUCAAUUACUUUCCUUACAGAUAUUUUAUGAUUUAAUGUGAAUGCCACGAUUGUAUAGUGUAUUAACUGGCAUAUAGGAAAUGGAUGUCUCAGCUGUUUCUAAAUUAUUGGGUACAUAAUUGUAGCUUGGACUGUGUAUCAUAGACUUAAACAUACCUCUCAGUCUGAGAAAACUUGAAGGUAAAUUAAGGCCUUUUAUUAGCAUUUUCAUGAAAUGAAAAAAUGAUCUGUUUUAUUUAAACGUUGCAUCUCGUUUGCUGUACAGUAUUUUAGAGUAGUUCUUCCACAUCAAGUAUGGAAAUUACUUAUUACUUGAAUAUUGCAGUUACUGUAUGGAAACUGGUCAUAUUCAGGUGUUGAAAGGCAGCAGUUUAAUUGUCCAGCGCUCGUUGCAGAAUCUGUUGUGCUAACUAUAUGGAAUUCCAACUUAUUUAACAGUAAGGGUUGAGCACAACACAAGCUACAGAUCCAUUGGGUUCAUUACAGUCAUUUGAGUCUAUGCAUGUUUCUGUGUAAGAAUGGGUGUUUACAACUUCUACAUUAAUAUUACCUGAAAUGCAAACCCUUAUUAGCCCUUUUCUGGGAAUAAAAUCCCAGUAUUUAGGAUUUUCUAAAUUAAGUUUGUUAAAUUUGCUUAUGGGUUGCUGCUGAUAUAUGUAGUGAUGUUUGCCAGAAUUACAAAAAAAGAUAUAUAAGGAUUUAGUUUGCAAUAAAUUGAGCAUGUUUUAUAUAUAGCCUCUCGAUGUGCUCAAUAGGAUGACAUUCUUUUUAAAAAAAGUCGGUGUGUUUAUAUUGCAGAUUUAUAUUUUAUUGUCUGUUACUGCUAAUUUUAACUGAGAAACAAUUGUGACUAUAUCCAAGGUUUUGAGCAUUAGAUUCUAAGGUUCCCCAUUGAGAACUGUUAAUAUUACAAUACUACAGUACUUUGAUUAUUGCAGGGUUCUUGCUAACCUUAAAUUUUUUAAAGAAAUUUAUUACAAUUUUGCUUCCUCAUUACCCGGGAGUGUUUUGGGGGACGUAAACAUAGAGCAGGAAAGGAACAAUAGAGAAACAUUGAAAAACUGAAGUGAAGCUUUUUUAUAUAUAUGAAUUGUUAUAAAUGCCACUUGUAUAAAAUUGUACUUCUAAUUUCUCAAUAUGCACACGGGAGUUUUGCUAUAGCGACAGACAAAACUACUUUUUUUUAAAUGAUCCAUUUCCAGAAAGGGGAGCCGUCUUUUUUAGUUCCUUACUUUCCAGGUUAAAACUUAUAAAAUUCCAAGGGAAACACUAAUGUCUUUUUGAGAAGAUGACUUUUUGUGCCUGUGAAAUUUGGGGCAGGAAUAUACAUACCCAUGUCACAAAACCUCAAACAUUGCUAUCACCUUAAUGUGAUGUCGGGGGGGGGGGGGGGGGGGGGGAAUAAUUGAGUUUAGCUGGUUAAUGAAUCUCAUAACUUACACUUUAAUUUGCUUAAAUUACUUCUGAGAAAAGACCACAGAAAAUAAAAUGGACUCACUGGACAGUUGUUGAAUUGCAAACCACAUGUUGUGUGGAAACCACAAUUCUGCCUUGUUGCGUUUUUAUGAAAACACAUAAUUUCCCAAAGCAGAACACACUAAUGCAUUAACUGAAAUGAAACCAGUUAUUCAGAAAAAUCCCUUUUUAUCAAUGGGCAAGGAGUUGGCACAUGCGGUGAGCAGUUUUGAGGAACAAAUAGUCAUCACCUCAGGCAAAAGUGUUUUUUUUUCACAUUUUAUCCUUUUAUUUCACUUUUAAAUUAAAAACCCUAGUGGCUGUAUGUAUGUUUGGUUUUAAAAUAAUUUUUACAAUGGUUGUUUUUCAUGCAUUCUAGAUUAUCCUCUUUCUGAUUUGGCAAGCAAUUAAAGUAACAUGUGAAAGAAUGAUUACAGAUAAAUAAACCAUUGUUUGAAACACA